AUGUUGUAUAGAGUGAAUGCUAUCCCAUUAACAAUAGAAGGGUUCAAACCUUACGGUUCGAUUAUUUCACCAGGUGAGGAAGUAACAAAAUUAGGUUCAAACUACAUUAAUGCAAAUCAAGGAACGGCAAUAAAAUUAGGUCAAGUAAGUCAAAUCGAAACAACUUCAGAAAAUAAAGUACCGAAUUGGAACCUUUUCAGAUGUUUCGUACAACCACAUUUGAAAACCCAAUUCCCACCAAAAAAAACUAUAGGGCAUUCCAUUAUUGUAUUAGAAAAACAUCCAGAAAGUUCUCAAACCUUUAUACCAAUCGGACAAUCCUCAGAGAAAGUUACAUAUUUGAUAGUAGUAGCUUUACCAAAUAGGCACACAUCUGAAGGAUCACCAUUAUUAAACACAUUAAAAGCCUUUAAGUGUAAGGGGAACCAAGCUGUAACAUACGGAAGAGGCGUUUGGCAUGCACCUAUGAUUGCAGUAGGUACUCAAGAAUACGUAGAUUUCGGUGUCUUAAUUUAUGAAACUUUAGAUCCUCAAAAACCAGAACUAGAUUGUAUUGAAGUUAGUUAUGUACCUAAUGAAAUUAUAAUAAAUAUAUAG